AUGUUCCCGCGCCUCCAACCAUGCAGACGUAAAAGCGUCCUCUCUAUCCUACUCCUCUUCUUCCUCCUCGCCCUCUUCGUCGACCUUACCUCCGCGACACCAUCCCCAGUCACAGGACAAUCUCUCGGCAAACAAACAAGAGACACAACAGUCCUAGCAGACCUCUCAUACCUCGCCAUUGCAGCCGAUACGUCCUGCGAGGGAUCCGAGGGCCAGUACAACUGUCUGUCCAACUCAUUCCAGUACUGCCUCAACGGAACAUGGAGCGACGUUACCACGUGCACCGAAAACAGCGAACAGUCUGCCGAGUCGUCGUCUCUCUGCACCCCCAUUGGAAGAACAGAUACCAUUGACUUCAACGGGGAGUGUGAAAUCAGUGCCGCUUGGGGCUGGGGGAACGGUGGGGGUGGUUGGGGCGGUGGUAGGGGGUAUUACGGUGCUGGAGAGAGGGUUGAGGUGUCGAGGUGGGUUUGGUCUUUUGUUGGUAUGGUUUUUGUCUUGGGCGCGUGGUGAAGCUUGAGUUGAUGGGCUUCCUGUCACCAGUGUCCUGUGCAAAUGAUCGAGAAAACGAACGAUAGGAUGGACAGGCACAUUGGAACACAUUCAAACUUUUCUUCUGUUGAGGGGAUUACACAGCACUAGGUUGGAUGGUACAUUUUCUUUACAUAGACGAGAUUUUCUCACGGGGUUCAUCCGGUAAGGCGUCUUCUUUUGUAGUAAUAUCAAACUGCCUGUAAGCCUGACAAAAAUCAUUUUUUCUUCGGUGGAAGUUUGACAUAUGCAGUCCAUUAUGGUUUGUGUGCAACAACUAGUCAUCCCAAAUAUACCGGUGUCAUAAGUUUCAUGUCAUGAGAUAUUCUUUGACAGACGGAAAUAGGCUUGAUAGGAAUAUUGAACAAUGAG